AUGAAGCCAUUGGCGGUCAUCGCCUCUGUGGCUGCUCUGGCCUCGCCUGUUUCGGGUGAGAAGAUUCUCUACUCCAACUCACUCAACAGUUGUCAGAAAGACAACGGAUUCAAAGCCACACUUUUCAACGUCGCCUUGACACCAAACAACGGUUCCGCCUACGUCAAGGCCGUGGCAACGUCGUCUAUUCAAGGCAAAGUCAAAUUCGACAUUCGACUCUCGGCUUAUGGGUACCAGUUCCUCCAGCAGACUGUCGAUCCAUGCUCAAUUAACCUUGCUGGUCUAUGUCCUAUGGUUUCUGGAAAGAUUCCCUUCAAAUUCAACCUGCCCGUAGGCAAAGAGAAUCUUGCUCAAGUGCCCGGAAUCGCCUACAACAUUCCUGAUCUUGAUGCUACUGUUCGUGUUUACGUCAACAUGUCGGAUACUGGCGAGAGUGUUGCAUGUGUCGAGGCCGAUUUCUCCAACGGAAAGACAGUUGAUCUCAAGGGUGUCAAGUGGGCCACUGCCAUCAUUGCUGGUCUUGGCCUGAUCUCUUCUGCCAUUGUUUCCGGCGUUGGUCAUGCCAACACGGCUGCCCAUGUUGCUUCUAACUCGCUCUCCCUGUUUGGUUACUUCCAGGCUCAAGCUAUUCUUGGACUCACCAGUGUCGGACUUCCCCCCAUUGUCUCAUCGUGGACACAGGAUUUCCAGUGGUCUAUGGGUAUUAUUCGCGUUGGCUUUAUGCAGGACAUUUUCACCUGGUACCAGCGAGCAACUGGUGGUACACCUGAGUCAAUUCUUUACAACGUCCGCCAGGUCUCAGUGCAAGUACAGAAGCGAAGCUUGGAUCUUGCUUCAACUAGCAUCGACCUUUUCAAGCGCAGUGCUGCAAUGAUGCCUCGAGGUAUCACCGAGCCAAUCGGUAACGCCGCAGGUGCUCUUGCCAAGCGUGCCAACAUCCAGACCGAGGACGGAACUUAUGUUGUGUACGGUAUCCAGCGAGUUGCCUUCAAGUCCAGAAUCGAAACCACCAACUUGUUCAUGACAGGUCUUACUUUCUUCUGCAUUUUUGUGGUCAUCACCUGCUUAGCCAUUGCCGUAUUCAAGGGAAUUUGCGAGCUCUGCGCCCGUCAGAGGUGGAUGGCCCAGGACAAGUUCCUCGAGUUCCGCAACGGCUGGCUUACCGUCCUUAAGGGUAUCCUCUUCCGUUUGACCCUCAUCGGUUUCCCUCAGAUGGCCAUUCUUUGCUUGUGGGAGUUUACUCAGCAGGACUCACCCGCCGAGGUUGUACUCGCUGUUUUCUUCCUCCUCGGAAUGGCAUUCACCCUCGGAUGGGGCGCCAGCAAGGUCAUCCGCAUCGCUCGCCGUUCUGUUACCAUGCACCGAAACCCUGCUUACAUUCUGUUCUCUGAUCCCCAAGCUCUUAACAAGUGGGGUUUCCUCUACGUUCAGUUCCGAGCCUCUGCCUACUACUUCAUCGUUCCUGUCCUUAUCUACACUUUGGUCAAGGCCAUGUUUGUAGGUUUGUCUCAGAAGAGCGACAUCACCCAGGCUGUCGGCUUUAUCAUUAUCGAAGUCGGUUUCUUGAUCGCCGCUUCUGUUCUCCGACCCUGGAUGGACAAGCCCACCAACUCAUUCAACAUCGCCAUUGCUGCCAUCAACUUCAUUAACGCUAUUUUCCUUCUCAUCUUCUCUAAUGUCUUUGGCCUACCUAAGAUUGUUGUUGGUGUUGUCGGUGUGGUUCUGUUCGUGUUGAACGCCUCGUUUGCUCUGAUCCUGCUUCUCAUGCUUAUUGUCUCGACCGCUUUGGUGUUCUUCCGCAAGAACCCCGAUGCUCGAUACCAAUUUAUGGCCGACGACCGUGCCUCCUUCAUGAAGUCGCAGACCCAAGUCAACGCUACCACCGAGCUCGACGCUCUUGCAGCCACUGCUCGAGGCGACAAGUCUGGCUACAACAAGCAUCUCGAUCUGGACGAAGAGGACUCAGUUUCAUCCGAGAGUCUGGCGAGACGGGCUGAGACUAACAACCAGUCUCAAGCAUCGUUCCAGAGAGGCGACGCACCUCCUCGCUCUCCUGUGAACCCGGCCAUGCCACUCUUCCCCGCUGAUGGGCGACCAUCAAGCCCCUUCCGCACCGCGUCACCAAACCCUUACCAGCAGUCAAACUCAAACCUGUCUCAACAAAGGUCUGCAGACAACAAUAGCCCUGGCGGUUACAGGUCACAGAACAAUGCCAGUCCUUGGCAGCGCGGUGCUGGUUACGAGCACUAG